AAAUCCAUUUAAACUUAAAAAAUGAGGCUGUUCGGUGUGGUUCUGUUUCUUCUGAUUGCUGCGCUGUUUCUUGGUGAAGUGCAGCCCUCGCCGCAUACAGAAAGUAACCCUUCUGCAAUAGAACCCUCUAUUAUGUCAAGGGACUUCUCUUCUCAAACUUUCAUGGCACAAUUCGUCAAAAGUUUCGAGUCUCCUCUUGAUAAAUGGUUUUCCUGGUUGACCCGGUUGCUGUCUAUGUUAUCUACGUUUCUUCGACCGAAAUAGCUGGCUGUUAAAUAAAGCACGUUUUUCUAUUUACACUUUGUAUACAUUUAUUUAUACUAUUUAUUACUGAGUAAGAAAAUAUCAGGGAA